UUUUCCAAUUCAUUUAUAAAAGGGUAGCAACUCUUCCAUUUGUGAAUCGCAGUAGAAACCAAAGAUUUCCAACCAUGUCUAAAGCUUGCUUGCUUCUUUUUCUCGUUGGAUUCGUGCUUCUUUUCACCACUACUCCCUCUUUAGCUAAUCAAUUACCCCAUGAUAAUAAGCCUCCACACGAGCAUGAACCACCAAGAUCCGUAAAUGAAGAACCAUAUUAUAGUCCAUUUUAUGGUGAGAAACCACCGGAACAAAAGCCACCUGUGGAUAAGGGAGAGAAGCCUCCACAAGAGCAUGAGCCAGCGAGAUUACUAGAGGAAGAGCAAUAUUAUAGUCCAUUCUAUGGUGAGAAGCCACCGGAACAAAAACCACCCACGGGUAAGGGAGAGAAGCAUCCACCUGAGCAUGAGCCAGGGAGAUUACUAGAGGAAGAACAAUAUUGUAGUCCGUUCUAUGGUGAGAAACCACCGGAACAAAAACCACCCACGGGUAAGGGAGAGAAGCAUCCACCUGAGCAUGAGCCAGGGAGAUUACUAGAGGAAGAACAAUAUUAUAGUCCAUUCUACGGUGAGAAACCACCGGAACAAAAACCACCCACGGGUAAGGGAGAGAAGCAUCCACCUGAGCAUGAGCCAGGGAGAUUACUAGAGGAAGAACAAUAUUAUAGUCCAUUCUAUGGUGAGAAACCACCAGAACAAAAACCACCAAUCCAGCAACAUAAACCUCCUCACAGACGUCUUCUAGGAGAGGAUGUUGAGAACACAUACGAACCAUACAAGAGUCCUUUCUCUGGUGAGAAACCACCCAAGGGCAAGGGAGAGAAACCUCCACAUGAGCAUGAGCCAGGGAGACUACUAGAGGAAGAACAAUAUUAUAGUCCAUUCUAUGGUGAGAAACCACCGGAACAAAAACAACCAAUCCAGCAGCAUAAACCUCCUCACAGGCGCCUUCUAGGAGAGAACGUUGAGGACUCACAUAAGCCAUCAAAUUUUCUUGGUGUUAUGAAACCACCCAAGGUUAAGGGAUAUAAGAAGCCUCCUCAGGAGCAUAAACCACCCCUUGAACAUCUACCAGGAAAUUGAGGACUUGCACAAACCCCAAAGUGCCACACCACAAGCCUCCACCCGGAUAUUAAGUACCUAAAUUUAGAAGA